AUGGCCCAGCAAUCCAACGGCGGCGAUCUGGGCACUCAGCAACAGCAGCAGCAGCAACAACAACAACAGCAGCAACAGCAGCAGUGGAUGCAUCAGCAUCAGCAUCAGCAGCAAUGGAUGGCCAUGCAGUACCCAGCAGCGGCGAUGGCGAUGAUGCAGCAGCAGAUGAUGGUGUACCCGCAGCAUUACAUGCCUUACGCUGCUGCAGCUGCCCAUCCGCAUCAUCCUCAUCACAAUCCCUACCAGCAGCAGCCUCAGGCCGUGCCUUAUCAGCAGCAGCAGCAGCAGCCGCCGAAGCAGCUGCAGCAGUCCCCCUCUCAGAAACAAGGGCCCACCGAUGAGAUCAGGACCAUCUGGGUGGGCGACCUUCACCACUGGAUGGACGAGACUUACCUUCAUGGAUGCUUUGCUCACACUGGGCAGGUUUCCACAGUAAAGGUUAUACGCAAUAAGCAAACUGCUCAGUCUGAGGGAUAUGGAUUUGUCGAGUUCUUUUCACGAGAAGCAGCAGAAGAAGUUCUGCAGAGCUAUAAUGGUGCUGCAAUGCCGAAUACAGAGCAGCCUUUUCGUUUGAACUGGGCAACCUUCAGUGCUGGGGAUAGACGAGCAGACACUAGUUCUGAUCUAUCUAUCUUUGUAGGAGAUUUGGCUACAGAUGUGACUGAUACUAUGUUGCAGGAGACCUUUGGUAGUAGAUAUUCAUCUGUCAAGGGAGCGAAAGUUGUUCUAGAUGCAAAUACUGGUCGUUCAAAAGGUUAUGGUUUUGUUAGGUUUGGUGAUGAAAAUGAGAGGUCAAGGGCCAUCACUGAAAUGAAUGGUGCAUAUUGUUCGAGCAGGCCCAUGCGCAUAGGUGUUGCAACACCCAAAAAAUCACCUGCUUAUCAGCAACAGUAUUCUUCACAAGCAUUGGUAUUAGCUGGUGGUGGACAUGCAUCAAAUGGCGCUGUUGCUCAAGGUUCCCAGUUUGAUAGUGAGACCAAUAACACAACUAUAUUUGUUGGAGGGCUUGAUUCGGAUGUCAAUGAUGAAGACCUCAGGCAGCCUUUUUCUCAAUUUGGUGAGGUUGUCUCGGUGAAAAUACCAGUCGGAAAAGCAUGCGGUUUUGUUCAGUUUGCUAAUAGGAAGGAUGCUGAGAAUGCAAUGCAGAUGCUGAAUGGAACUGUUAUUGGAAAGCAAACAGUUCGUCUUUCUUGGGGCCGCAGUCAGGGGAACAAGCAGUGGAGAUCCGAUUCAAGUAACCAGUGGAAUGGGGCACAUUAUGGAGGACAGGGUUAUGGUGGUUACGGACAUGCUGCGCCACAGAGUCAGGACCUGAGCAUGCAUGCUGCAGCCGCAGUUCAUGGGGCUUCUUAA